CUUUACUAACGGCCCUGUUAACUCAGCUCAAAACUGAUAUGUUGUGUUCCUUAAAUUAAAUUCAGACAUUUAAUGAACUGUUGAAGAAAUUGGACCUGAACGCAACACAGUGUCGUUUAAUAAAAAGUAAUAAAGAAAUAUUGAGUGGGCGGGAGGGGGCAGAUCACAUGACCACCUCCUUUAUGUUCUGCAGCAGCUACCGCUCUCCGCUACUCACUCCUGCCAGAGACAGCCCCAUAAUAGUCUGAAGGCACGGCUAGAAAAACCACGCACACUUCUCACGUAUUGAAGGCCUUUCACUGUACAGUCCGCUGCAGACAGUCACAGCGACGACGAAUAUAAGCACGCGCUGACACUGACGCGCCGAUUUCAUAUCUUAGUCGAUAUUUUCUGUUUGCAUUUUAUAGCCUUCUAAGAAGCAAGUCUUCAUAAUGGCGACAGCUGCCGUGCCUGCCCCUGCUGGCUGCGGGCCCAGCCCCGGGCCGGGAACGGCGCUCCGCGGGCAGGCCUUCGACGUCGGGCCUCGGUACAGCAGCCUUACCUACAUCGGUGAGGGAGCCUACGGAAUGGUCUGUUCUGCUUAUGACCGGGACAACAAGAUCCGCGUGGCCAUCAAGAAGAUCAGCCCUUUUGAACAUCAAACAUACUGUCAGCGCACCCUGAGAGAGAUCAAGAUCCUCCUGCGCUUCAAACACGAGAACAUCAUCGGCAUCAAUGACAUCAUUCGCACACCAACCAUUGACCAGAUGAAGGACGUAUACAUUGUCCAGGAUCUCAUGGAGACCGACCUGUACAAGCUCCUCAAGACUCAACACUUGAGCAAUGACCACAUCUGCUAUUUCCUCUACCAAAUCCUACGAGGGCUCAAGUACAUCCACUCUGCCAACGUCCUGCACCGUGACCUGAAACCUUCUAACCUUCUGCUCAACACCACCUGUGAUCUGAAGAUCUGCGAUUUUGGUUUGGCCCGUGUUGCUGAUCCCGACCAUGACCACACUGGGUUCCUCACAGAGUACGUGGCCACACGUUGGUACCGUGCACCUGAGAUUAUGCUCAACUCAAAGGGCUACACCAAAUCCAUAGACAUUUGGUCAGUGGGCUGCAUCCUGGCUGAGAUGUUGUCCAACAGACCAAUCUUUCCUGGAAAACACUACCUGGAUCAACUUAACCACAUUUUGGGGAUCCUUGGUUCUCCUUCUCAGGAGGAUUUGAACUGCAUUAUCAACAUUAAGGCCAGGAACUACCUUUUGUCACUUCCUGUGCGCUGCAAAGUGCCAUGGAACCGCCUCUUCCCCAAUGCUGAUCCAAAAGCUCUGGACCUGUUGGACAAGAUGCUCACCUUCAACCCCCACAAGAGGAUCGAGGUGGAGGAGGCUCUGGCCCAUCCUUACCUGGAGCAGUACUACGACCCCACAGAUGAGCCGGUGGCUGAGGUGCCAUUCAAGUUUGAGAUGGAACUGGAUGAUCUGCCCAAAGAGACAUUGAAGGAUCUCAUCUUUCAAGAGACAGCACAUUUCCAGCCUGGCUUUAGGUCUUAACGUCUAUCACUGGUAG